AUGGACGACUCAAGCACUUCGUCCUCGAGACCUCCACUGAGCGUUCGCGACCAACAUCACAACCAUCACCACCACCACACAGAGCAGAAUGGCAACAACACUCUCCAGAACCGUGGCUGGCGACGCCUGAUCCGCAACGCCUCGCCACAGCUCUUCACAAUAACGAUGGGCAGCGGCAUCGCCGCUCUCCUCUUCACACAGUUCCCCUACCCGGCCACCUGGCUGUACCGACUGUCCAUCGCGUGCUUCGCACUGCACGUCAUCCUCGUGCUGCUCCUGAGCCUGCUGAGCCUCCUCCGGUACACUCUAUACCCAUCUCUAUGGACGACGAUGCUCCACCACCCGACCGAAUCUCUCUAUCUGGGCGCCUUCCCCGUCUCGCUACUCAGCCUCUCGAACCUGUUGGCCUCACUCUGUGCUGGCCCGUGGGGGCGCUGGGCCGCGUACACCGCAUGGGGACUGUGGAUGCUGGGAUCCGUCCUCGCGGUGGCUACGACGGCGCACAUACCACUGUUACACUUCCCUUCCCCUUCGACAGCCCCAUCAACACCACGACCCCCACCACUCUCCACUGUAACGCCCGCCCACCUCCUCCCGGCCAUCGCCGCCAUCGUCGCCGCCAACACCGCCGCGCCCAUCGCCUCCGCCCUGCCACCGUCCCCUAACCACAGCCAUGCGACCUCUACCAUCAUCGCCGGCUACGUCCUCUGGGGGAUCGGCGUCCCCACCUCCCUCCUCCUCCUGACACUAUACUUCGCGCGCCUGCUGCUGCAUGGCCGCCUCCCCUCAGGAGCGCAGGCUGUCAUCGCCUUCAUCACCAUCGGGCCCUUGAACAUGGGUGCCUCGGGCAUCGUGCAGCUGGGCAGCGUGGCUGUCACUGUCUUCCCUCCCACCACGACCGGGACCGGGACUGGGACUGGGACUGGAAAAUCACUCGAUGCCAACACGCUGCAGGCCGUGGGCAUACUCGUCGCGCUCGUGCUGUGGGGGUGGGGCCUAGUGUGGCUGUGGUGGGCGGUGGGGAAUGUUUCGCGCGAGGCGUUGCGCAGCAGACGCAGCUCCCCUCAAAACGUCCAUCUCGACGAUGACGACGAAAAUGAUGAUGAUGUUGAUGAUGGCGGCCCCAGCGGCAACAGCGGCCGCGUUCAUUUCAACAUGACCUACUGGGCCAGUAUCUUCCCGCUGGGCACCCUAGCACUGAGCUCAGGCCGCCUGGCGCAGUCCCCCCUGCUGCCGGGCGGAAUGGCAUUCUUCCGCGUCGUGUGUGCGGCAAUCAGCGCGCUAGUGUGGCUUGUAUUCGUGGGCGUGGGCGGGUGGUCGAUUUGGGAUCUGUGGGAGAGGGGUGGGAGGGGGGUUUUCGUUAGCGCUGUUGUUGCAGAUCUGGAGGGACGUGAGAGGGAGAGUGAGGUGGACAGCGAGAGGGAUUUCGAGGGUGGUGGUGCGGGGGAAGAGGGGAAUGGAAAUGGGAAAAGAGAAGGACAGGGAGAAGGAGAGACGGAGACGGAGGAAGAGGCCCGCACGCUAACGAACGAGGAGAGCCAUGAGAUGAGGAUGAGGAGGAAGAAGGGAGAGUGA